GACCCCUGUUCUAUUGGCCACUAUCCUUUGAAAGACAUUUGAAACAUGCACUUUAUGGGCGUCUCGGGCAGCAACAAAGGAAUCAACAAAAGCACAGAAUAAGGCAGAAAAUGUAUUUCCAUUGCUUAGUCUGGCUCUGGUUUGCUCUUUCACACAGUGAUUCUAAAAUCUACCAAGCCUGCAAGAAAAUCUGUUUUUGCAAAGAAGGGACAAUGUUUGUGAACUGCUCAGGAGUUCAUGCUCUGGUGUCCAAUCUAACAUUUCCCCCUGAUGCAGAACACUUGGACCUUUCUCAAAACAACUUGUAUUUUAUUCCUUGGAAAUCUCUAAAUUCCCUGUGGAAGUUGCAGGUUCUCCUUUUGAGCAGCAACUCCAUUCACAAAGUUGAAAGAACGUUCAUUUCAUUGGGCAGGCUCCACAAGCUUGAUAUUGGUAGAAAUGAUAUAUCAUUUCUUGGCAACAGUUUUUCAGUGGGUCUUAUUUCUCUCCAUGAACUUAUUUUGGCCUACAAUAAAUUGCAGGAGCUACAGUACAAGAGUUUUCAAUACUUUGAAAACCUUCAGAAGCUGAAUUUGCAAAAUAACAACAUUUCCUCCAUAGAAAUGGGGACUUUCCGCAGUCUUACGUCCUUGAGGCAACUUUACCUUCAGAACAAUUGCCUUCAUGUCCUACAUAGUAGAUUAUUUUCUAUGCUGCAACUCUUAGAGAUCCUGAAUUUGGAGGGCAAUAUGAUAAAAACUAUUGCUCCCGGAGCCUUUAUUCCAUUAAGCCACCUUACAACACUUAACUUGAUCCACAAUAAAAUUGAGCAUAUUAAAUUCAAAACAUUAUUAUCUUUGCAAACCCCUGGAACUCACAUCUUACUCUCAGACAAUCCAUGGUUCUGUGACUGUGAUCUUCAGAGAGUUUUUGCAAAACUGCACAGUGUUAGGAGACUGAUCUUGGAUGAUUAUUAUAACAUGACAUGCAUGGAGCCCCAUCUGUUGAGAAACCUGCCUCUGUCAGCUGUAGAUACGGAGCUUUGUACUGCUGAGACAGUGACUGUUCUUGUUAUAACUUUUACGGUCUUUGUAACUGUGGUAGCUGCCAUUGUAAUGGCUGAAAGGAACAGAAAGAAAAGGGCUGAGAAACGCUGGAAUGAGGAUAGUGAUGUUUCUUAUAAUGCUCAAAACUGAUUAAAUAUUUGGUAGUAGGAAACUUUGGGCUUGAAUAUGCUACUUAAUUUAGCUAUAUAUAUUAGAACAAUUUUCAGGCAUGCAAUUCUGAAGAUAUGAAGAGGAUACAUGUGUCUGUCUCCCUCUUAUCCUGUUCAUCGGGGGCAAUGUACUGAGUCAAUCUAUCAGCUGAGGCUGAAAAAAUGCUUUCAACAUAAUUUGGACUUUACAUGUCUUCUUAGGAGUUCUGACUAAAAGUUCUCAUCCAUAUUGCAAUCUUCAUCCACUGAAGCCGAUUUCUUCAGGUAUAAGUACAGCAACCACACUGGCAGCCACAGGGUGUUGCUAAUGCUGUGACUAAUAUAGAGAUACUAAGAAGAUGGAAUAGACAGGUGUUUGCAUAAUUAGCCAGCUUUUGUCUGUUCUAAAUAAAAAAGUAAAUGUUUCUCGUCUUCA